UCUCUCUCUCCUACUUGAGCGUGAGAUCUCGAAGCUAUGUGUGUUUGUCCGAUCGGCGGCGAUAUAAUCAUAUCUCCUCGGCAGGGAACCGGCGACGACUCCUUUUGGCGGUUCAAGAUUAUCUCUACGAAAGGCUUUCCUCCUUCUUAGUAGAUACGAUCGAUCAAUCUCGCUUCUGGAUUUCGAUCUUCAUCGUUUGUUCUCGCAUCCUUCUGAUCGUUUGUUGCCCUACCUGUCUCCAGAUUACGUCGCUCCUUAUCUCUUUCAUUCCAAGCAGCGAUAGAAACGGAUCAUCACAUAUAUUAUAGCUAGCAGAAGAAUCUUACUAUCUGCAAUCAUCAUGUCAGUGCCACCAAAUGAGGAUAUUGUGUCAGCUCAUUCACAGAUCCUUGUGCACUGUUUCGAUGAUCUACUCAAUUCGAUCAUAGUGGAUGUUGCAUCGGAGUGUCACCGUGUAGCAAGACUAGGGCUGGAUCGAAACUAUGAAGAUGAAGAAGAAGAACUGAAACUAUCAUCCCAAGCUAGGGUAAAGGCAGCUGAUCCUACUAGUAACAGUGCUGACACAACAAGUAGCAAAUAUGUGGUGGACAUUUUCGGGCAAACACAUCCUCCUGUGGCGAACGAGAUCUUCGAGUGUAUGAACUGCGGACGAUCUAUAAUGGCAGGAAGGUUUGCCCCUCAUUUGGAGAAAUGUAUGGGAAAAGGAAGAAAAGCUCGGUUAAAGGCAACGACUAGAAGUAGUGGUAGUAGCAGUGGAAUAGCAGCACAGAAUCGGUAUUCAAGAGGUAGUAGCCAUGUUGUGUCUUCUACUUAUUCGCCUUAUUCUACUACUACUACUACUACUUCGAGCUCGACUAAUAGAUUACCAAAUGGGACAAAUGGUGUUGGUGGUGAAGAUCAAUCGAAAGGUCACUCGAAUGGCCCCAACUCGGAAGACUAAUAAAAAGAAAAAUGAUCGAUUCCAUUCAAAUACUCUUUCUCUUUUUUUGCAGAAAUUGUAUGCUUUUGUGAAUUUUGAUCUUCUAUAUUUGACACCCUGUUUCCUU